AUGAAUCGUUUAAUUGACACGAUCUUGUGCUGCUUUGUGCUGUUCUUGGCUGGAUUUUCGCGGGUUUCUGGCAAUGCUGAAGGUGACGCGUUGAAUGCACUGAGGAACAACUUGGCCGAUCCUAACAAUGUUCUUCAGAGUUGGGACCCGACCCUUGUCAAUCCAUGCACUUGGUUUCACGUCACGUGCAAUGGCGAAAAUAGUGUUACACGAGUUGAUUUAGGGAAUGCGAAUUUGUCUGGUACACUGGUUUCACAGCUGGGCCUACUCCAACAUUUACAGUACCUGGAACUUUACAGUAACAAUAUAGGUGGAAGAAUUCCACCUGAGCUUGGAAACUUAACAAACUUGGUGAGCUUGGAUCUUUAUCUCAAUAACUUAACUGGUCCAAUCCCCGACACGUUGAGCCGGCUUCAGAGACUACGUUUCUUGAGACUCAACAACAACAGUUUGACUGGAGAAAUCCCUGUAUCCCUGACUAAUGUCAUGACACUUCAAGUCCUUGAUCUCUCAAAUAACCAUCUCACUGGAAGAAUUCCAGUCAAUGGGUCCUUUCAGCUUUUCACGCCUAUAAGUUUUGCCAAUAAUAACUUGGAGCCUCUGCCUGCAUCUCCACCUCCUCCAUUACCACCGACAUCUCCAUCACCUUCUCAAGACAGUGCAACUGGAGCCAUUGCGGGAGGAGUUGCAGCCGGUGCAGCCCUUCUAUUUGCAGCCCCCGCCAUAGCACUUGCCUGGUAUAGAAGAAGAAAGCCACAAGAUCAUUUCUUUGAUGUUCCCGCUGAGGAGGAUCCGGAAGUCCACUUGGGCCAGCUCAAGAGAUUCUCCUUACGUGAGCUCCAAGUGGCGACUGACAACUUCAGCAAUCGUAACAUUCUCGGGAGAGGUGGAUUUGGGAAGGUUUAUAAGGGCCGACUGGCAGACGGGACCCUUGUGGCAGUCAAGAGGCUCAAGGAGGAGCGAACUCAGGGUGGGGAGCUACAGUUCCAGACAGAGGUGGAGAUGAUAAGCAUGGCCGUGCACCGGAAUUUGCUUAGGUUGCGCGGCUUUUGCAUGACUCCAACCGAGCGGCUGCUCGUUUAUCCAUAUAUGGCCAAUGGGAGUGUCGCCUCAUGCUUGAGAGAACGGUCCGAAACACAGCCGCCGCUCGACUGGCCGGUGAGGAAAAGGAUUGCGCUGGGGUCCGCUCGGGGGCUGGGGUACCUUCACGACCACUGUGACCCAAAAAUCAUCCACCGAGACGUGAAGGCGGCCAACAUAUUGCUGGACGAGGACUUUGAGGCGGUUGUGGGUGACUUUGGGCUGGCGAAGCUCAUGGACUAUAAGGACACGCACGUGACCACAGCCGUUCGGGGCACAAUCGGCCACAUUGCCCCCGAGUACCUCUCGACCGGUAAAUCUUCAGAGAAGACGGAUGUUUUUGGGUAUGGGGUCAUGCUUCUCGAGCUCAUCACAGGGCAGAGGGCUUUCGACCUCGCACGCCUUGCGAAUGAUGAUGAUGUCAUGUUGCUGGACUGGGUAAAGGGACUUCUGAAGGAUAAGAAGCUGGAGAUGCUAGUGGAUGCGGAUCUUAAGGGCAACUACAUAGACGAGGAAGUGGAGCAGCUGAUCCAAGUAGCCCUACUCUGCACACAAGGCAAUCCAACCGAGCGGCCCAAAAUGUCGGAGGUUGUGCGCAUGCUCGAAGGGGAUGGGCUGGCCGAGAGGUGGGACGAGUGGCAGAGAGAGGAGGUUUUCCGCCAGGAGUUCAACAACCCGCAUCAGCCCAACACCGACUGGAUUAUUGCCGAUUCCACUUAUAACAUCAGGCCCGACGAGCUGUCCGGGCCCAGAUGA